UUAAUUUCUCUUGUUUGGGGGGAGUCGGUAAUCACAACAUGCUUUUUGUUCUAUCAAAAUCCUACGUGUAGCCAAUAAUCAAAAUUUAGGUAACUAUAUAUUUUUUUUCUUUUAAUUUGAAUCAUCAGAGUUUAAUGUGGAUGUCUCAAAGGAGUCUUCGAUCUCAAUGGUAUUAGGUGGGAAUGUUAAGGAAAAACAAAUUAAGUCUUCAACGAAAGAAGAUGAAACUGUGCCGGUAAUAAAUUCUACUUCAUUCUCAAAAGAUCAAAUUGAAACGAGAAAUAGGCAUUUCAAAUUGUACCGGGCUGCACUGGCAGGUGAUUGGAACUCAGCUGAAAAAAUUUUCAAGGAAGAUAAAAUUUAUAUAACGGCUAAGCUAUCAAAGGAAGGGGAAACUGCUCUCCAUAUUGCAGCUGCAGCAAUGAGCACUGAUUUUGUGAAAAAGCUGCUCGAACAAAUGAAAAGAGAGGAUUUAGCCAUAAAAAAUAAUGCUGGCAGUACGGCCUUCUUUCUUGCAGCUGCAUCCGGAAUAGUUGAAAUUGUCAAGGCCAUGAUGGAGAAGAAUAAAGACUUAGUAAAAAUUAGAGGUAAUAAUGACAUGUUACCGCUUCACAAGGCAACUCUGAUGGGAAAAAAAGAGAUGGUGGAAUACCUUUAUGAAGCCACUGGAGAUGAGUUAUUAGAUGAUAACGAUCGCUUCGAAUUGCUUAUCAGUCUGCUAAACCAUGGUUUGUAUGAUAUUGCGCUAGAUUUGGUAGAGAGGCACCCGGAGAUGGCUAUUGCGCGUGAUGAAAACAAGAAGACGGCAUUGCAUUACUUGGCUCGAAUGUCUGGACUAGAGGAUACUAUCGAUUUUAGCGUGGUUGCACGUUGGAAGAGAUCAGUGAUCUAUCUUUGUUAGUUCUCUCUAAUCAUUAACACCUUUAUCAUGCUUUGAUUUUUUUUUUUUUUUUAUGAAUCAUUAUAUAUAUAUAUAUAUGAAGGUUUCGGUAACACCACUUUUUUUACAUAAAAUAUAACACAAUUCACGAGUCAUCCAAUGAAAUUACACUUACAUAAUUAAUACACUUUGAAAAUACCAUAAUUAAGACACAAUCUCAACCAUUCAAAUGUUUUAAUCUAAAAUGUCAAAGAUUAUGUCAAAACUUGUGUAAAAAUAGAACGCUCUUGAACCUUUCACACACACAUUAUUGGAAACAAGUAUAAGAAGCAGGGUUGUUUCUGCAAAGAUUAGAAGUUAAGUAGGGUUGUUUUUGUAAAGAAAUAAAAUUGUCACCACACGGUGCGUUUUGUGUGCUUUUGUAUCAGACUAUAUAAUGUCUUCUGUAACUAAU